AAACCCGCAGCACCAAGCAGUGAAAACACAAGCAAGCACACACCUUCAUAUGGGCACAUCGAGAGAAAAACACGGCGCUAAAGAUCCACUUGAGUGUGGUGCACUUCAUGCUCUCAGACAGUUUGUUUUAGGAGUGAACAGGUAAUGAUGAAUGAUUCCGAGUAAUAUUUCUGGAGAGCGUUUUCUGAACCUCACACACUUCUUCACCAUCGUGCGUAAUUGUUCGAGAUAAUGAUCAACGACACUCUCACGUUUGGAGAACUGGACACGAAUGUAUCUGAGCAGCUGACUCCUCUCACUCUCAACCGCAACCACAGCGCGCUCCGGCUCGAGUCCAAGUCUCUGGUCACUUCAGCCACGAUGUUCGCCGUGGGAGUGUUGGGGAACCUCAUCGCCAUAGCUGUGCUGUGCAUCUCCAAAAAGGAACAAAAGGAAACGACCUUCUACACUUUGGUGUGUGGGAUGGCCCUCACAGACCUGUUGGGCACAUGCUUCACCAGCCCGGUGGUGAUCGCCACCUACGUAGCCAACCGUUGGCCAGGAGGAGCGCUGCUGUGCCACUUCUUCUCCUUCUCCAUGCUUUUCUUCGGGUCAGCUGGCAUGUCAAUCCUGUGCGCCAUGGCUGUGGAGCGAUAUCUGGCCAUAAACCAUGCGUAUUUCUACUCCCAGCACAUAGACCGGACGAUGGCGCGCUUUGCGCUCCUGAUCGCUUACCUCGCCAACAUUGUACUUUGCAUUAUGCCCAGUUUUGGCUUCGGGCAGCACGUCAGACACUUUCCCGGAACUUGGUGCUUUCUCGACUGGAGGGCGAUGGAUCCACUCGGAGCCUGCUACUCCUUCCUGUACGGCGGCGUGAUGCUCGUGCUAAUCGCAGUGACCGUUUUUUGUAACCUGGCCGUGUGCAGGUCACUGGUGGGGAUGAACCAGAGGACCGGGAUCGUGAGGGCGGAGAUGUGUGAAAAUGGAGGUUCACGGCGCCUCUUCCCGCGGCUGCCGUCGGUCACAUCGGCGGCGGAGAUCCAGAUGUUCUGGCUUCUGAUCUUCAUGACCAUCGUUUUCCUGGUUUGCUCCAUUCCUUUAGUGGUGCGCAUCUUCGUUAACCAGCUCUAUGACCCCGCUUAUAUCUCUGCGGGGGGGAAGCCCGAUUACCGGAGCGACUUGUUGGCGAUCCGCUUCGCUUCGUUCAACCCCAUUUUAGACCCUUGGGUUUACAUUCUGUGUCGGAAGAACCUGCUGCUGAAAGGUUGCGAGAGGCUGAAAAGGACAGUGGUGCGCGUGAGGGACGGUGAGAGGGACAACACCGGCUGGGUGGGAGGUCAACACUCCCCUGCGUCUCUAAACAGCAACGACACCAGUUACGCGUCAUUACGCACGGCCAGCUACAGGAACGACGUGGAGCACCAGGUGCAGCUCAAAAACCAGUCGUUUACAGACUUCACAAUGAGACAGGCGUGGGAGUACGACACCGCCCGCGUCAACUUCCACCCGUUCAGCGUCGAGACGACCGCCAUCCUCGGGUGUGAUGAAGAAGUAGCAGCUGAAACCAAAGACCCGCUGGCGGUCAGGUCUUCUCCAGACCGCAGUCCAACACAAACGCGCCCCGCGCGCGUCAGGAGAGUGGACAUUGUCACGUGCACCAUCAGCACGUCGAGCUCCUGUCAGUCAAUGAAAUACCUUUGAUGGACAUUUGUUCAGUUUAGAAAUAAGUCUGGACGAUGAACUGCUGUGAGUGACGCCUUCUCUGUAGAGACAAAUACAAAUAUAACAUAUAAAUAACUGAGAGACAGUGAGGUAUAAUCUGUGUUAAAACUUAAAAUGUGGGGACAGUUGUAUUGCUUCUAUUAUCUGCCUGGUUUGCUCGCUUUCUUCACAUUUACUCCCUAUGAUUUCAUCUGAUGUGAUUUGAUUUCUUGGGAUAACAGUUUAGGUUACAUUUAGCAUAUUUAUCAUUUAGAUUUAACUUUCAAAACAUUUAAAUUUAGAUGUAUCAGACAGUAUUUAAGUUUACAUAUGUAUGAUUUCAGAAUCACAGAAUGUGAAGAAAGUGAGCUACAGUAAAAAGUAGGAGCAAUAAAACGGUAUGUGUUUUACAUUCAGCACCCAACAGUGAAGAAAGUCUCCACUGUCUCUGUGUCUGAUUUCUUAACACAUAUGGAAAUCCUUUCCAUAUCCUUUCCAUAUGGAAAUCCUUUCCAUAUCAACAGGAAAUUCAAUUCCCCAUGUAUGACUCAACUUAUAUGUUUAUGUUUGCUAUAAACACCAGAAGUUGUACAGUAUCACUGCAAAUGUCACUUGUCACUUUUCUUGAUGGAUAUUGUGUGUCCCAUCUGCAGAGAGUAACACUGUUGUCAACACUGACAUUGGAUGCCUUUUUCCCAAAAUGGAAAUGUAUGUUAAAACCCUAUGGGUACAAAAUAUGUGACACAUAAAAGACUAUAUUAAGAAUCCAUAUGUCAUUUAGAAAACAUAUUUAUCCAAUUGUCUAUGUGUUGUUAGACAGUUUUAUUUCACAUGCUGCUAUUUUUACUCGGUGCCAUUUCAUGAUGCAAGGGAAACUGAAUGUACCUGAAUGUAAAUCUUGUUUUAUA